AUGAAUCCAGAAUCGAUUAAUGAAUUAUUUGAACGUGAUCUUUUAUUUUCAUUAAUGAACUUCAGAUUAUUAGCACAAGUGGCUGGUCUCCAUGUUCUUCAUAAUUUACAAUUCAUGCUUUCCAGUCAAUGUUUAUAUUCGUUUGAUAUUACAUGGUCUGUUAAAACCGUUGUGUCAAUAUCGGAAACAAGCAAAAUUUUAUUCGACACAUUUCAACAGCUCAAAGGACCAGUGCCAAUUGAAUUAGAACUAUCUUUAUUAAAAGACAUGUAUGAUAUUAGAGCUUUAACAGUACCAAGAAUGGAUAAACGGUUAUAUGUCUAUACAUAUCUACAUAAAAAUAUUGUGCAUGGACGAACUCUAUGGUCAGAUAAUAGAUUUGUCUUCAACAAUCAAUUGCUUCGCUGUAAUAAGAUUAUUAUGAGUCAAGAUUAUGAUCGAAUGAACGAUGAAUUUCUUUCUUUUUCACCACCCAUAGUUCCUUGGCAUCACGUUACAUCACUUACUAUUGCUGAACCAUUUAAUCGAAAUCAUCUUCAUCUUCUCUUUUCGCAAGCGACGAAUCUACGUACUCUAGAACUGCAUUAUAGAUUAGAAUUUGAUAGUAAAAUUGGUUUAAAAGAGGAAACUUUAAUCGAUCUCCUUAGCGAUAGUUCUUUAUGUAACAUGCUCAUGUCAAAUGGUUUACGACAACUCAAUCUUUUUACUGUUUGGAAACAAUCAAAUUUGUUAAACAUUGCUUAUUCAAUUGUCGAGCGACUAUCUCAUUUACAAGUCAUAGAACUACAUGGUAUUGUUUGUGAAAUUAUUGAAGUGGCACAUAUACUUAUCAAUGGUCUUUCAAAAUUAAGUUUUCUCACUCUUGAUGGUGAAUUACAACGUGGUAAACUUUAUGAUAAAAGAUUGCGUGAUCUGCAGAAUUCAAAUACUCGUUCUUUUCGAACGGAAGUUCCUAAUACAAGAGAUGGAAAUAUACUUUUCGUAUUGCUAUAA